UCAGUCAGCAGCCUGAAUCCCCUCCCUUCCCUUCCCUUCCCUCGGGAUGUCUGGCAACUUGGGGACAGUGACCUGGACCCUGUUCCUGCUCCUCCUUGCAGCUGGCUGGGUAGAGCCAGAGUCCUGCAGCUCCCCAUGCCAGUGUCCCUCCCAGCCUCUCCAGUGCCCUGCUGGCACCAGCCAGGUGUUGGAUGCCUGUGGCUGCUGCAAGGUGUGUGCCAGGCAGCUGGGUGAGCUCUGUUCCCUGCAGAAACCCUGUGAUCACCACAAGGGACUCUACUGUGACUUCUCCAAACCCCACAGAGGCAGUGGGAUCUGCUUAGCUCGGGAGGGUGGGACCUGUGACCUCCUGGGCAGGAUCUACCACAACGGGGAGAGUUUCCAGCCCAGCUGCAAGCUGCAGUGCAUCUGCAUGGACGGGGCCAUCGGCUGCAUCCCUCUCUGCUCCCAGGACCUCAGGCUGCCCUCCCCCGACUGCCCCAACCCUCGCCGGGUCCGGCUGCACAACCAGUGCUGCGAGGAGUGGGUCUGUGAGGAGGGCAGGCAGGAGAAGCCCCUGCAAACAGCCAGGGCAGUUUUCAGGAAGGACCCAGCACACAAACCAGAGCUGAGCAACCUGCAGGAGAACUGCUUGGUGCAGACCACGGAGUGGAGUGCUUGCUCCAAGAGCUGUGGGAUGGGCAUCUCUGCCCGGGUGACCAACAACAACCCCCAGUGCCACCUGGAGAAGGAGACCCAGCUCUGCAUGGUCCGGCCCUGCGACUUCACCCUGGAGAAAACCAAGAAGGGGAAGAAGUGUGUGAGGACCCCAAAGCCACGCCGGAGCCUCCACUUUGAGUUUUCUGGCUGCACCAGCACCCGUUCCUACAGACCCAGGUUCUGUGGCAGCUGCAGGGACGGGCGGUGCUGCACCCCCUCCCUCACCAGCACCCUGGAGGUGGAAUUCCACUGCCCCGAGGGGGACUUCUUCCACAGAAAGAUGAUGUUCAUCAGGACGUGCUCCUGCCACCACGACUGCCCCCGAGACAACGACAUCUUCCUGGCCACACACCACCGGAGGAUGAUUGGGGACCACAUCAGGACAGAGGAGGGGCAGUAACCCUGCCUCCCCGUGCCAGACCCACAGCCUGGGCUGUCAGGAGGGCUCUUUGGUGGCUGUGUCCCAGGACUCUUCCCCCUCUGUGAGGGGCUGUGCUCUUCAGAACGUCACCCUUGGCCACCAGUGG